AGGUCAUCAAAGCGCCAACGCUUUCUUUUCUGUAAAUUUUCACUCUCCACUCUCUUCUCGCCAGUCAAUCGCAGGUCAAUUCACUCUCUACCACCGUCAUGGACGCCGGCGAUUCCUUCUCCGCCGAGGUGAACGGGAUAUCGGAGCGGCUUAUGUCUCUACCGAUCGACGGCGACGAGGAAGAACAGAUUCCAGUGAAACCGGAGAAAGACCCGAGAAAGAUCGCUAGGAAGUACCAGUUAGACCUCUGUAAAAAGGCAUUGGAAGAGAAUGUAGUAAUAUAUCUGGAAACAGGUUGUGGGAAAACUCAUAUUGCGGUUCUACUUAUAUAUGAGAUGGGACACCUUAUUAAGAAACCUCAGAAGAACAUAUGCAUUUUUCUUGCUCCUACAGUUGCUUUGGUUCAGCAGCAAGCAAAGGUCAUAGCAAAUUCUAUUGACUUCAAAGUUGGGAUCUAUUGUGGAAGCUCAGCGCAUGUAAAGAAUCCCCAUUACUGGAAGAAGGAAGUUGAGGAGAAUGAGGUCCUUGUUAUGACCCCACAGAUACUUCUGCACAAUUUGUCUCACUGCUUUAUCAACAUUGAGGCGAUUGCUCUUCUAAUAUUUGAUGAGUGCCAUUAUGCGCAACUUGAUAGCAAUCAUCCUUAUUCUGAAAUUAUGAAGAUCUUCUACAAAACAGAUAUCGUGAAACUUCCUCGUAUUUGUGGCAUGACUGCAUCUCCAAAAUCAGGAAAAGGUGGCUCAAUAGAUGGUCUUGAGGCAUUGCUGCGAGCAAAGGUUUAUACUGUUGAAGACAAGGAUGAACUGGAAAAAUUUGUCACAUCCCCCAAGGUGAAUGUGUAUUAUUAUAGUUCGGAGGAUGGCUCGUCUUUGCCUCACAUUGUUUACACUAGGAAACUUGAGGAGAUAAAGAAUCAGUCUAUGUCAGCACUCCGAAUAAAUUCACUUGAUCAGAGUACUCUGAUGAGCACCAAAAAGCAGCUUCAAAAGCUGCAUUGCAAUUUGAUCUUUUGUCUAGAAAACCUUGGACUAUGGGGAGCAUUACAGGCCAGCCAUAUUUUCCUGAAGGGUGAUCAUUUUGAGAAUACUGACGUUGUGGAAGAAGAGAGUUCAAGUGAGAGUAACUUGUGCAACAAAUAUUUGCAUCAGGUUGUAUCAGUUCUUGCUUCUGAUUGCACUGGAGAUGGUAAGGAAGCUGAUCUGUCCACUGUUGAAGUUUUGAAAGAGCCUUACUUCUCAAAAAAGCUCUUACGGCUUAUUGGAAUAUUAUCCAACUUUAGGUUACAGCCCAAUAUGAAAUGCAUUGUAUUUGUUAAUAGAAUUGUUACUGCAAGAUCCCUCUCACAUAUUCUUCGAAACUUGAAGUUCUUAUCAGCUUGGAAGUGUGGUUUCCUUGUGGGAGUGCAUGUUGGACUUGUAUCACGUAAAAACACAAAUAUCAUUCUUGAUAAGUUCCGAUCUGGAGAGCUAAAUCUAUUAGUUGCAACAAAAGUGGGCGAAGAGGGACUUGAUAUACAGACAUGUUGCCUUGUAAUACGUUUUGAUCUUCCAGAAACAGUUGCAAGUUUUAUCCAAUCUAGAGGUCGUGCACGUAUGCCCCAGUCUGAAUAUGCAUUUUUGGUGGACAGGGGCAACCUGAAGGAACUCGGUUUGAUCGAACACUUUAAAAAGGAUGAAGCACUGAUGAAUGAAGAAAUUUCAUUGAGAAAAUCUAGUAAUCAGAUAACUAGUUUUGAAGAGAGAACCUAUAAAGUGGAUACUACUGGGGCAACAAUUAGUUCUAUAAUGAGCAUCUCAUUGCUGCAUCACUAUUGUUCAAAACUGCCUCAUGAUGAGUACUUUCAACCAAAGCCCCAGAUUUACUACUUUGAUGAUGUAGAUGGAAUGGUUUGCACCAUAAUUCUCCCAGCCAAUGCUCCAAUUCAUCAAAUUGUUAGUUCACCUCAAUCUUCCGCGGAUGCAGCUAAGAAAGAUGCCUGUUUGAGAGCAUGCAAGGCUCUACAUGAAAUUGGAGCACUGACUGAUUACCUCUUGCCGGAGCAAGAUGAUAAACAUGAGGAAUUGACUCAAGAUUUAUCUGAUUCUGAUGGCAGCAGUGAAGAGGAUUCACGAGCAGAAUUACAUGAGAUGCUUGUUCCAGCUGCCCUUAGGAAACCAUGGACAGAAGCUCAGAGCUCAACUUGCUUUAGUUGUUACUACAUUGAUAUUUGUCCUACUCCAGCAGAUAGAGAAUACAGAAGGUUUGGUCUUUUCAUGAAGGAUCCCCUCCCAGACGAGGCUGGACAAAUGAAGGUUGAACUUUGUUUGGCUCGUGGUAGAAUGGUGAGGUCACAGCUUAUUCCAUACGGAGUUACUAGAUUUCAUAAAGAUGAGAUUGCCGCAGCUGAAAUGGUGCAGAAAAUGUUCCUCCAAAUUAUUCUUGACAGGCAUAAAUUUGUAUCUGAAUAUGUGUCACUAAAAAAUGAUGAUGUCUAUAACUCAAGCUCGGCAACAUUCUACCUAUUGCUUCCUAUAGAACCAAUAGAACAUGGCAGCAUCUCUGUGGACUGGGCACUAAUUAAGAGAUGUUUGUCAUCUCCAAUUUUCAAACUUCCACGUCUUGAUGUGGGUGAUCAAACUUCUCAAAGUAGCAAGUACUUGCAUCUUGCCAAUGGUCACUUUAGCUCAGACGAUGUUGUGAACAGUUUGGUGUAUGUCCCAUGCAAUCAUAAAUUUUUCUUUAUUUCUGAAGUUUACUGGGAGAAGAAUGGAUAUAGCUUACAUGGUGUAUCAAAGGACCAUGUGCAGCACUAUAAGGAGAAGUUUGAUAUUCAUCUUGCAUACCCUGAUCAACCUGUUUUGAAAGCCAAACAACUUUUUGUCUUGGAGAAUUUAUUGAGAAAGAAAAAACUUACAGAAGAAUGGCGAGAAAAGGAGGAACACUCUGUUGCAUUGCCUCCUGAGAUUUGUCAGUUGAAAGUUAUUGGUUUCUCUAAAGAUAUCGGGAGUUCAUUGUCUCUGUUACCAUCAGUCAUGCAUCGGCUUGAAAGCUUACUUGUGGCCAUUGAGUUGAAGGAAAAAUUAGCUGAGUCUUUCCCAGAGGGAGCUGAAGUUACCACUGCUCGUGUUCUUGAAGCACUCACAACAGAGAAAUGCUCUGAAAGCUUUUCUCUUGAAAGACUUGAAGUGCUUGGAGAUGCAUUUCUUAAGUUUGCGGUGGGCAGAUGUCUAUUCCUUAAGCAUGAUGCUUUAGAUGAAGGGCAACUAACUAGAAAGCGUUCCAACAUCGUGAAGAAUUCUAAUCUACUCAAGCUUGCAACGAUGAAGAAGUUACAGGUCUACAUUCGAGAUCAAUCAUUUGAGCCUGACACAUUCUAUGCAUUUGGUCGUCCGUGCCCUUUAAAUUGCACAAAGGAAACUCAGGAGGACAUUCACUCAGAUUAUAGCACGAACAAUGACAAAAAUUCUGGAGUUAGAUGCAACAAAUGUCAUCACUGGUUAUACAACAAGACAAUUGCUGAUGCUCUUGAGGCACUUACAGGAGCUUUUAUAGUAGAUAGUGGGUUUAAAUCAGCAACUGCAUUUCUUAACUGGGUUGGCGUAGAAGUAGAUUUUACUCUCCCAAAAAUUGAUAAUAUCUGCUCUGCCAGUGAGUCAUUUCUUCCUCUUUCGAGUGAGAUUGAUGUUAACGCCCUUGAAAAUCUGGUAGGUUACAAAUUUUCCCAUAAGGGUUUGCUUAUUCAGGCAUUUGUUCAUCCAUCUUUCAACAAUCUUUUGGGAGGUUGCUACCAGAGACUUGAGUUCCUUGGAGAUGCUGUCUUGGAUUAUUUGAUCACUUCCUAUCUGUAUUCUGUCUAUCCAAGCUUAAAACCUGGCCAUUUAACAGAUUUGAGAUCAGCAUGCGUGAACAACACUUCAUUUGCUGAUGUAGCUGGAAAAUGGUCCUUUCACAAAUAUAUGAUUUGUGAUUCUAGUGUUCUCCGUGAAGCAAUAGCCAAAUACCUUAACAUUGGUAAAUCAGGAACAGAGAAAGAGCAUAUAGAAGAGAAAGCAUGUCCAAAGGCCCUUGGCGACUUAGUGGAGUCUUUUACAGGUGCCCUAUUUCUUGACACAGGGUUCAAUUUGGAACUCGUCUGGAAGACGAUGCUCUUCUUGCUGGACCCUAUUGUUAGUAUUUCGAAGCUGCAAUGCAAUCCACUGAGAGAAAUUUAUGAACUUUGCCAAUCCUAUAACUGGGACCUGCAGUUUUCUUCAUCAAAGAAAGACAACAAAUUUACAGUUGAAGCUAAAGUGGAUGAUAAAAAUGUUUCUGCCUCAGCUUUGGCUACCAACAUCAGUGGAAAAGCUGCUAAAAGAGUGGCUGCAAGACAGUUAUUUGAAUCUUUGAAGGCUCAAGGUUACAAGACAAAGUCACCAUCACUGAAGGAAGUUCUUACGAAGAUUGAGGUGAGGGCAGCCAAAUUGAUUGGAUAUGAUGAGACACCCUCUACUGGAACUGCUAAAUCUGUUGGCGUAGAAGAUUCUGGUAGUGAUGAUGUUGCACAAGAUUAUGAAGUUAGGAAUAUAUCAACUUUGAAGCCCAAGUCCAUUUCCAGACCUACAGAGCUUCUUUCGCAUCGCAAGUCUCCAGAAGUCUGUGUUACACAACCCCCAAGCAGUAGUUUCCAGAGUGAUCUCCCUGCCGCCAAACUAAGUAAUGGCUCAAACUCGAAUGGAAAAGGUGCUCCCACCAAUGUAUCGGCAAAAUCACGUCUAUAUGAAUUAUGUACUGCUAACUGCUGGAGACCACCCGUCUUUGAGUGCUGCCAAGAGAUCGGACCAAGCCACUUAAAAGAAUUCUGUUUCAAGAUCAUGUUGGAAAUAGAAGAGUUACCAAAUGAGUCAUUCGAGUUCUAUGGGGAACUACAGGCCAGGAAAAAAGAUGCAGCCGAGAGUGCAGCAGAUGCUGCACUGUGGUACUUGGAAAAUGAAGGGUAUACAUGGGGUAGAAAUCGUGACAAGUGAAAAAGGUAAUGUAGUAUCCAACUAUCUUGAGGUUGCAUCCAUAUUUAAAUGUAUAAAUGUGCAUACGUACAUAUUAGGAUGCACUUAUCUAUAUGUACUUAUCUACCCAAGCAAUGAGUAUUACAUAAUUCAUCAA